UCGAUGCAGUUCUAGAAGGUUCAGGCACAAGUUUUAGCUUUGCUAUAUAAACACAGUGCUGCACUGCUAGAACCAUAGCUGUAUACACUUGUUGGUACUUAUUUUCAAAGACACUUCAAGAACUUUCCUGUUGUAACCGGAGUUGUGACGUGAUCAGGAACAUUAAAAAUGUCGAUGGUCAGACAUAUACCAGUGCGUUGGGAAUCAGAUUACUGGUCUAGGCCUUACAUGUUUCCCAACUCCACGCUUUCAUCCAGUUCAGGAUUUCCUUCUCAUCCUCCUCCAAGCUACCCUAUGCCAUUGUCACCAGUUUGGACCUCUUCUGGAUUAAAUGAAUCAACCUUCCCUUUGGAAAAUCCCAGUCGCAGAUGGAAUUUCCAGGAAGAUAGUAACCAGAUGUCUAACAUAAACCAGGAAAUGAAACGGAUGAGUACUGAAAUGAAUCGUAUGAUGCAAAAUAUGCAUAGUCAAUUUCCAGUACCAUCUACUGUAGAUGACUGGAGACUGACGGAAAACUUUCGCAUGGACAACCCUAUCAGGGAAGAUCAUGAUGGUGCUCGUAAAUUUCACCUGCAGUUUGAUGUCCGACAAUUUAAACCAGAGGAAAUUACUGUUAAAACAAAUGGAAACCAACUCACUGUGCAGGCAAAACACGAGGAAAAUGAUGGAGGGAAAAAUGUUCAUCGGGAAUAUUGUCGCCAGUAUGUCAUUCCCCGGGAAGUCAAUCCAGAACAUCUUAUUUCAAAGUUGAGCACUGGAGGUAUGCUGACGAUUGAGGCCCCUCUUCCUGCUCUGCAAGGACCACGGGACAAAAUGAUUCCCAUUGAGCACAAAAAGUAAACAUGUCAAGAUUGUGUCGAGUACAUUUUAAUUUCAGUGUUAAUGACUUAACAGUGCCACUGCAACUGAAUUCAUUAAUUUUCUUAUCAGCUUAUCAUUACAAAAUCAUAGUAUUUAUUAUUUAAGCUAAAUGUUGUCUCUGUUUACCUGGUAUAUUAUAGAUAGUGGAGUAUAAUGCAUUACUGUAUCAUCUUGUGGUUUUAAUUUGUGUCCAUUUAUUCAUUUACCAUUUUUGUGUUUUUAUAAUUUUUAGUACUGAAUUUAACUACUGAACAAAAACAUUGAAAUUAUAACAUUUCCAUUAGAUUAUAACCUUUUAAGUGUUCAAAAUAGGAAUGAUAGUGCAUUAUAUUGUAAGGAUAUAAUUGUUAAAAAUAUAUUUAUAUGAUGAUUUAAUUGCCAAAGAUAAAAAAUCCAGGUACAUUUAUGAUAAUUAAAUUGGUAUAGGGGGGGG